AUGUAUUCGCUCGUUCAUGGAAGGCUUAAUUACAGUCGACUCAAAUCAUUGUCAUAUAUCCCUCGUAAUCUUUUUCAUUAUUCAAAUACGUUGAGCUUACAGUCUCCAUUAGAAGCGUACGAUUCCAAGGUGGAAGAAGGAAGGUUGAAUGAUGACCCAUAUCAAAGAAAGAUCAUUACUAGUUUAUCCAAAUUGCAUGACAGGUUAGCAGAUUAUACGCCACCAAAAGUAGAGACACCCACUAUACGUGAUUUGAAACCGAAAAUUGGUUUACGAAAAAUAAUCGGAACGUUUUUUAGUAAUUCAAGUAAUAAUAAAUCGUCAGGUUUACCACCUGAACAUGAGAUGAAAGGUAUAUAUCUUUAUGGAGAUGUUGGAUGUGGGAAAACUAUGUUGAUGGAUUUAUUUUACGUUACGAUUCCCGAACAUUUAAGCAAAAGAAGACUCCAUUUUCAUCAAUUCAUGCAACAUUUGCACAAGAGAUCGCAUCUGCUUAAGUUAGAGCACAAUCACGAAGAAUUAGACGUUAUACCGUUAUUAGCCGCGGAAAUUGCCCAGGAAUCAACAAUUCUUUGUUUUGAUGAAUUUCAAGUCACAGAUGUUGCAGAUGCAAUGUUGUUGAGAAGAUUAAUGAUGUUAUUGUUAAGUCCGGAUUAUGGUGUCAUAUUAUUUGCUACCUCUAAUAGAGCUCCAGAUGAUUUAUAUAUGAAUGGGAUCCAAAGAGUGUCAUUUAUACCUUGUAUUCAGCAAAUCAAGAGACAAACUAGAGUUAUUUACUUGAAUUCGCCUACAGAUUACAGAAAGCUCCCUAGACCAGUUUCUUCUGUAUAUUGUUUCCCAAAGCCAGGUGUGAAAUAUAUGUCUAAAGUCCAUCAAGCUAACUGCAAAAAGCACAUUGAGCAGUGGUACGAAUACUUCAAUAAUGAAAAUGACAAUAAGGAGGUACACACAGAUUUCUCCUUACUGGUUUGGGGCAGAAAGUUAAACGUUCCUAAAAGUUCUUUUCCUUAUGUUGCUCAAUAUACAUUUGAAGAAUUGUGUGGAAGUCCAAUGGCCGCAGGUGAUUAUUUGACCAUGGCUAAUGCAUUCCAGUCUUUUAUAAUAUCUGAUAUUCCUUACUUAAGUAUAGAUGUCAGAGAUAAAGUUAGACGAUUCAUUAUAUUUUUGGAUGCGGUGUAUGAUGUUCACGGAAGAUUGGCUGUAACUUGUGCUGCACCAUUUAAGGAUUUAUUUGUAGAGCCUGAAAAUUUGAUGAAGGACAACUUCCUGUUGUAUAAGAAGCAACAAGAUAUGGGCAAAGAAGAGACCUUCCAGGACGAUGAGUUGGUUGUCAAGCAUGGUUUUGAUAAGAGCAUAGCAAAGAAGGCCUCGAUGUUUGCAAAUGAUGAAGAAAAAUUUGCUUUUGCCAGAGCAUUAUCAAGACUUUCGCAAAUGAGUACCACUGAUUGGGUAGAUAAUGUUAGAAGUCUUUGA